AUGCGGAAAUUUGAAGCGGCUAUAGUAUUUGCCUUAGUAUUGUUUAUUUGGGCAAGUGGUCGGGAGAUUUUCAACCCCAACGGUCCCGAGUUUGAGGGCACGAGUGGGCGCUUCAUCUAUGCCAUAUUCGCCUCCGUCGAAGUGAGCCACUCCAAGGCUGUGGAGAUGUGCUCCACCUUCUAUCCUCAAGGAAGAUUAGCCUGGCUAAGCGAUGGAGAUGUGGAACCUCUGAGAGCCAUAGUUGACCAGGCGAUAGCCUUUCACUACAUGAAUUUGAACAACUUCUUUUGGAUUGAUGGUCAUCUGGAGGAUGCUAGUUGUAGGCCUCAGAACACAUCCUGCAAGUGGACUGCAUCACCUUCCAGCCACGUGGAGAGUGGAGCCGCCAGGAGCUUCACAAAUAAUGAUGUGGUGUUCCACAAACCUCCACCUGUUCUUGCAGCCAACAAGAGCGCGGAGGAUGGAUCCUUCUGGCCCGUUCUGCUGCUUAAUGUCAACAUGGAAUUCGAGGCGCCGGAUGUGUUCAUUCUGAGUGCAGCGCCGGGCUACGUGAAGGGUGGAUUUAUCUGCGCGCAUGAGGGAGACCACGAUAGGUGUCCCUUUGGUUUCGAGCAGGUGGCAGCAACCCGAGUGCCCGAAGAGCUUGUUCCAAAGGUGGUAACUACUAAAAAGCUGUGUGGCUGGUAA